GGGAAAGCUAAAAGCGGUGCUGCUGGUGGACCAGGAAGCGGGCCAGGUGGUACAGGAGGAAGUGAACAACUUGCUGCCACGACCGCUGCUAAUCAAUCUGUUAGGGCAUCACCUGGGACUCAAUCUGUUAGGGCUACAACUGCAUCAGCUACAUCUGGCCCUCAUGCGAGUAAGGACAUCAAUACGUCGCUGACUACGAUGAAGGCGAAGGCAGCUAGCACCCCUACCACGCCUACUGACGCGGUUGCAAAAGCAGACUCCUCGUCUGCUCCUGCCCUAGCCCUAUCACAGGCCAAGCCUCAAGCAGUGCCACAGCCAAAAACUGCUGCUCCUUCAUCUUCAGGAGCAGGAGCCCCUGUUGUUGGAAAAGCCGUUGACUCGAGCGCUACCUCAUCUCCUCUUCCUGCUGCAGGCGUUAAGGGAACCGCCGCUGCAACAACUACUUCCGCUACACCAGUAGGAGUGGGAACCCAAGGAGCUGCUUCUAGUGCUAACACGACAACUGCUGCCCCUAAUCAAGCAGCACUGUCAUCGAACACUACGAAAGAAGGGACUUCUGCCUCCAGUAGCACCACCGGAGCAGGUACUAGUAAGGCUACUUCAGCUGGUGCACCAGGAGGUGGGGCCACGUCGACGUCUCCGCCUUCAACCACAUCAGCUCCUGUAGCCCCGAAGGCAGCACCUUCUCCGCCGACGAUAAAGCGUGCAAAACGGGAUGCACCCCAUACGGGUCUGAUCGGAAGUGUCGAAUCACAUGUGAUGUUUGCUGACGAUUCGGAGGAUGCUAAAUGAGUAUAGCAUUACGAAGAAACGAUGGACAGAGAUGGCAAAUUCUCCAAGACAUCUCUUGAAAAAAAAAAUAGCACACGAACCAACAAGGAGGAAUUUGAAGAACUUCUAGGCAAGGAGGUGUUAUCACGUGACGAUGAAGUUAUGAAGAAGUCCUUUUUGAAAUGAAAAUGUG